GGGUGGGGCCCGGGAGGGGACAAAAACCCAGAAAGAGAGCGGUGCGGCUCCGCCCUCCGGUCCCUAGUUUGCGGCGCUCCGUGUUCGAAGCUAGGUUGCGGGGCUCGGGAAGGACUGCCCGUGUGCGUGCGUGAGAGAACGUGUGCUUGCCGCGGCCGCCUGGAACUCACUGCAGGCCUCUCCCUAAGGUUUAUUGUCAGUAAAAAUGUCCAGAAAGAUCCACGGCGGUUCGGUGGUAGAGAUGCAAGGAGAUGAGAUGACGCGCGUCAUUUGGGAACUGAUUAAAGAAAAGCUCAUUUUUCCCUACGUGGAACUGGAUCUACACAGCUAUGACUUAGGUAUAGAGAAUCGGGAUGCCACCCACGACCAAGUCACCAAGGAUGCUGCCGAAGCUAUAAAGAAGUACAACGUGGGCAUCAAGUGUGCCACCAUCACCCCCGACGAGAAGAGGGUUGAGGAGUUCAAGUUGAAACAAAUGUGGAAAUCACCCAAUGGCACCAUCCGAAAUAUUCUAGGGGGCACUGUCUUCAGAGAAGCUAUUAUCUGUAAAAAUAUUCCCCGCCUAGUGUCGGGGUGGCUAAAACCCAUCAUCAUAGGCCGUCAUGCAUAUGGGGAUCAAUAUAGAGCAACUGAUUUUGUCGUUCCCGGGCCUGGGAAAGUAGAGAUAACCUACACCCCAAGCGAUGGAAGCCAGAAGGUGACAUACCUGGUCCAUAACUUUGAAGAGGGUGGUGGCGUUGCCAUGGGGAUGUACAAUCAAGAUAAGUCCAUUGAAGACUUUGCGCACAGUUCCUUCCAGAUGGCUCUGUCUAAGGGUUGGCCUCUGUAUCUGAGCACCAAAAACACUAUUCUGAAGAAAUAUGAUGGCCGCUUUAAAGACAUCUUUCAGGAGAUAUAUGACAAGCAGUACAAGUCCCAGUUUGAAGCCCAGAAGAUCUGGUACGAGCACAGGCUCAUCGAUGAUAUGGUGGCCCAAGCUAUGAAGUCAGAGGGGGGCUUCAUCUGGGCCUGUAAGAACUACGACGGUGACGUCCAGUCGGAUUCUGUGGCCCAAGGUUACGGCUCCCUUGGCAUGAUGACCAGCGUGCUGGUUUGUCCGGAUGGCAAGACGGUAGAAGCGGAGGCUGCCCACGGGACUGUGACACGCCACUACCGCAUGUACCAGAAGGGGCAGGAGACCUCCACCAAUCCUAUUGCGUCCAUUUUUGCCUGGACCAGAGGGUUGGCCCACAGAGCGAAGCUGGACAACAAUAAGGAGCUCGACUUCUUUGCCAAAGCUUUGGAAGAAGUCUGCAUCGAGACCAUUGAGGCUGGCUUCAUGACCAAGGACUUGGCUGCUUGCAUUAAAGGGUUACCCAAUGUGCAACGUUCUGACUAUUUGAAUACAUUUGAGUUCAUGGACAAACUCGGAGAAAACUUGAAGACAAAACUAGCUCAGGCCAAACUCUAAGGCCACCCCUGGGCCGAGGAGGAGACACGUGGUCUACAGGUUUACAUGGUUUUUUUUUUUUUUUUUUUUGUAUAACACUCAAAGAGUAUAAAAGCAAAAUCAGUUUUGUAAUUUGUUUAGAAGCCAGAGUUGAUCUUUUCUAUGAGUUUAUAGCCUUUUUCUUAUACACAUACGGUUAAGCCAUCUUUGUGAGUAUAGCAGGCGACCUUUUUUAAAAUUGUAUUUUAUUUUCUGGUCGCAGCCUUGGAAUUGUUUUAAUAUUCACUCCUGUUCAUAGUCACUUUCUCUGUGUUCCGAUAUAAAUGACCAAAAUCAAGAGAGCUCGAAAGGCUGCCUUUUCCCAGUAACCUUUGGGAACAGUCGCCACCGUACUGUUGCCUAAAAUCCGAGUGAAACAGAAAUUCACUGCCUUCCCUCCCAUCCGGAGCACCGGCACUGGGCGGUCUUAAUUAUUACAGAUGUCCAGGAAGGUAAGGAUAGAGCUCUAUUGUGAGCUCACACUGGAUUGGAGCAGAGGAUGAGCGUAACUGAAGUGUGUUGAUGACCCCAUAGUCAUUUUUGUAAAAUGCUUGUUAAAUGUGUCCAGUAUGCUGAAUAUUUUUGAGUCCGCCAGGGAGUUCAAAAUCCAGAGGAAAUACUGACUAGAGGAUUGGACCUCUGCGUUUGUCUCUUCCUGUUCCUAGCUUGACCUGAGUAUUACACUACCCAAAAUAGCAUAUUCCAUCCACGUGCAAUAAUGUAAGCUGUACCAUUUGUGGCCUUCUGUUGGCCUAUUUCCUUUUUAUAUAAAUGUGAUUUUCCAGAAGCUGAUAUUAAACACUAUUCUGGCCCGGUUUUUCAUCUGAACUGUUAAUUUUAAUUAAAAUGAUGUUCUAAUCGUU